GAGGGAAGCUGCGCCACGCAUUAUAUAUGGGACGUCUGUUGGCAGGUUCAGGGUCGGGUACUAACGUAUGGCUGGGCAGACGCGGUGCUUAGCAGGUACCCAGGCCGGCCACGGUGGGUGUGUGCUGUACCUACGCGGUACAUGUCCUCCGCGUACCGCAGGCACGGAGAUCCAUCGUCGACACGCAUGGAUGGGGUUACGUAUACGGUACCUACCGAUGUUGAUCCACAACCCGUCCUCGAUACCCUUGUAUCUAGACCUAGCUUACCGGAUCACGAACGGUCCGACCAAAAACCACCAUGGGUGCCGGAAGAUAUAUUUGCGUGGCUCUGCCAUUCAUAUUAACCGUGGCCAGCAUCGUAUGCAUGCUUAUCGUUGGCCUUGCCGGCGUCGCCAACCAGAAUCUAUACCUGUUCCGAAUCGACGUAACCGACCUCUCCAUCAGCCCCGUUGCCCUUGCCAGCAUUAUCGGCAACCUCACCGGAGUUGGAGAUAUCCAGAGCCAAGUCGACAGCCUCAAGAGCACCGUCGACGAGAGCGGAAAGAAUCUCUCGGAGAGCCUCAACGACGCUAAGAACAACUUGCUCGUAAACACUCGUUCGCCCAGCCCCGCCCCGCAGGACAUCUCCAGCAUCAUCAACGGGGUGCUCAACUCGGGAUCCGACAGCAACGUCACCGCCGCCGAGCUCGGACUGGCAAACACCUACGACUUCACUCUCUGGGGCUUCUGUGCCACCGCGGCCAACGGAACCCAAAACUGCACCCAGGCCAGGUUUGACUGGGCCACGGACGAGCUCAACAUCGACUUCCUCCACCGGCUUAACAAUGCCUCCGGCCUCAACGUCACGAUCCCCCAGGAAGUCGAAGACAGCUUGACCACCUUCAAGACUCUGAUCCGCUGGACUGAGGUCGUCUAUGUCAUCGCUAUCGUCGGCCUCGGUAUCGAGCUCGUCAUCGGCUUGUUCACCGCCUGCUCUCGCGCCGUCUCGUGCCUAACCUGGCUCGUUUCCGGCAUUGCCACCCUCGCCGUCAUUGCUGCCGCCUCCAUGAUGACCGCGGUGGCCAUCGUCCCCGUCGGCUUGGUUGUCGCCGCCACGUCCCAGUACGGUGGGAGGGCUAACGUCAACGGCUCAUUCCUCGCCGUCGCCUGGCUCGCCGUCGCAUUCGGCCUCGGCGCCAGCCUGUUCUGGCUCUUCUCCGUCUGCUGCUGCAAGCCCGAGAGCCGUGCCUCCAAGCGGUCUUCGCAAAGCACCGAGGGCGAGAAGUUCCUCCCGGCCGGCACGUACGCGCCGCUCGGCGACGGGAACCACAACUCCAACUACAGCUACGGCGCCCAGCAACGCGGCGGAGCCCGUUCCGAUCUGGCGUACGAACCCUACUCUCAUGCCCACUAAGUAUGGAAUGUCUAAGAAGCUAGCGGCGGACGUGGCUAGUCAGUGCCGGACGACGCACUAGAGGGUUGAUUGCGGUUAUGUAGAUUCUGCAUUGUGCUGGCGUUUGGACACGGGAAUGACGAGAAUGAAAUGAAAGCUGCGUUUCAUAGGCAAAAGAGGUUAGAAGGGGAGGAAUUAGGGGGCAGCUGAAAGUGAGGAGGGAUACCCGGAUCGUUAUGACAGUUAUUUACCGUUAGACGCGAUGGUACAAUGUGGGACAUUUUAUAAUUUACCCAUUUCGUCGGCGAGUUUUAACGUUAAGAUUUCGCCUGUUCGAUCAAGAUAAAUGCUAUACUCUGUGCUAUGCGAAGCCUUAUAACGAUAACAGCGCACAAUCACGUGGAACCUUUUUUUGGGCGAUUUCUGAGGAUACGAUUCUAAUCCAG